AUGGCGCUCACUCCAAAUAAAGUCACCUUCCAGUGCACGGCGGAGAAGAAACCGGUGUGGAGCGACGUGCGAGUGACUAACAUUACUAAGGACAGGCAUAGUUAUAAGGUAAAAUGCACAUCUGCAGACAUUUUCCGAGUUCAACCUCCACUGGGAUUCAUCAAACCUGGUGAAACCGGAACGAUACGAAUGUGGUUCCAGAAUAAGGAGAUCCCAGAGGGUCAUCGCCAUUACUUUGCUAUAUACCACAUCAAAUGUGCAGAAGGAAAAACUGUGAAAGAGAUUUGGACGAAAUCUGUGAAGCCCGAUGGAGUGAAGCGUAUAGCUGCAGUGUUUGAAAAGAUACCUGAGAAUGAGAAGAAGUAA